GGGAAAAGGGAGGAAUGUGUGACUAGGGUUUAUAGAAUGGGACUCCCAUCGCUGGGCGCUGCGGCAUUGAUGUAGAUCGAGGAGAAGCUCCAUCCAGGCACAAUGGUGAAGGCACUCACAGAGGAGGAGAAGCUCCACAAAUUGGUGGAAGCAGUGUUCCAGGAUUCGGACAACGAUGUCACUGUGGCAUUCAAGGUCACAAAGAGCCAGUCGGCCUGGGGAGCUCUCUCGCGUUCCACUAGCAAGCCUCGAGUGCUUGCGAUCGCUUGCAAGCGCUCACCCACGACCCAGAAGUUCAAGGUCACUCUUCAUGUUCUCAAGUAUAGCUCCUCUGGGUUUCAGAGGGCUAAGCUAUACAAAAUGAAGCAUCUGUCCAGGGUGGAAGUUGUUCCCAGCGACAGCACCGGUUGCACAUUUGUUCUGGGUUUUGACAACUUGAAGAUCCAGAAUGUAGCUCCUCCUCAAUGGACGAUGCGAAACGUAGACGAGAGGAAUCGCUUCCUCACAACCGUUAUACGACUUUGUAAGGAAAACCUCGGUCGUAUACCGAAGAUUGUGGGCAUGGACGUGGUAGAAAUGGCGUUAUGGGAACAGGCGCAUUCUGAUACAGCGGCAACGCCAUCCGGAACUGUGACCACGGAUGGAGUUGAUCAAACAGACCUUAAGGUCACUGUAGAAAGGGAGCUCGUUUCCAAGGCCGAAGAGGACGAUAUGGAGGCUCUACUUGGCACAUACGUUAUGGGACUUGACGAAGCUGAGGCAUUCUCGGAACGUUUAAAACGAGAGCUUUUAGCAUUGGAAGCCGCUAACGUCCAUGCAAUAUUGGAAAGCGAUCCUUUGGUUGAGGAGGUUCUUAGACGUUUGAAUAAUGCGUCAGAAGCGGUCGAAGACAUGGAUGAAUGGCUAGGAAUAUUUAACGUCAAGCUUAGGCACAUGCGGGAAGACAUCGAAUCGAUAGAAUCUAGAAACAACAUGCUGGAGAUGCAAGUUCAGAACAACGCAGCCCUUGUUGCGGAGCUUAAUAAACUUCUGGAAAGACUACAUGUUCCUCCUCAGUAUGCAACACUGCUGACAAGCGGAGCGUUUGAUGAAUCGAGAAUGCCACAAAAUGUUGACGCUUGCGACUGGCUAGCAGGAGCAAUUCGUGGAAUGGAACCUCCACUUAUGGAUCCAGCCUAUGCUAAUAUGCGUGCGGUAAAAGACAAGCGAGGGGAACUCGAAAAAUUGAAGUCGACAUUUGUUCGUCGUGCUUCUGAAUUUCUGAGAAGUUACUUUUCCAAUCUUGUCGAUUUUAUGAUAAGCGACAAAACAUAUUUUUCACAGAGGGGUCAGCUGAAAAGGCCCGACCACGCAGAUUUACGAUUCAAAUGUAGAACAUAUGCUCGUUUGCUGCAGCACUUAAAGGGGCUAGACAAAAAUUCAUUGGGACCUUUGAGAAAGGCUUAUUGCCAGUCCUUGAACCUACUGCUACGGCGAGAGGCUCGUGAAUUCGCAAAUGAGCUUCGUGCAAGCACGAAGGUCUUAAGGAGUUCAGCUGUUUGGAUGGACAAUGCUGUUGCUGGUGGAGGAACGGCUGGUUCUAUGGGUGACACAUCCACAGUUUCUGAUGCAUACGCCAAGAUGUUGCGAAUAUUUGUACCCCUACUUGUCGACGAGAGUGCAUUUUUUGCGUCAUUUAUGUGCUAUGAAGUUUUACCUUUGGCCCCUCCCAGAGCCGGUGAUGAGAAAAGUGGAGACGAUGAGGAUGAUACUCCAUUAGAUUUCGAUGGAGCAGAUGCAAAGCCGACGGAACAAAACGCUGCGGAGAUGGAAGCCUUGAAUCAGGCUCUUCAAGAGCUUCUUGAUGGCAUUCAGGAGGAUUUCUAUGCUGUUGUGGAUUGGGCUUACAAAGUUGAUCCUUUGAGGUGCAUCUCAAUGCAAGGGACAACAGAACGAUAUCUCUCAAGUCACAAAGCUGAUGCCGCUGGUUUUGUUAGGCGCCUAUUGGCUGAUUUGCAAGCCAGGAUCAGUAACCAAUUUUCUAAGUUCCUGGAUGAGGUUUGCCAUCAAAUAGAAAAGCACGACCGUAACGUCAGGCAGACGGGCGUACUCUCAUACGUUCCGAGGUUCGCAAGUCUAGCCUCACGAAUGGAAGGAUUGGUGCAGGGUAUGUCGAGAGACAUGGUGGAUCUAGCUUACACGAGGCUGGUGGGAACAAUGUUCACUGUAUUGGAACGUAUUGCACAAAAUGAUCCAAAGUACGCAGACGUUUUACUGCUGGAAAAUUAUGCUUCUUUUCAGAACAGCAUGUUUGACUUGGCAAAUAUGGUACCCACACUAGCUCGAUUUUACCAGCAAGCUAGUGAAGCAUAUGAGCAAGCGUGCACUCGAUACGUGAACUCUAUCAUCAACAUGCAAUUUGAGAAGCUGUUCCAGUUCGGCCAACGAGUGGAAAACCUGCUGUAUACAAUCACUCCAGAAGAGGUUCCCUUCCAACUGGGAGUUUCCAAAAACGAACUACGCAAAGUGGUGAAGGCUAGCUUGUCUGGCGUGGAAAGGUCGCUCCAGGCCAUGUAUAAAAAGAUGCAAAAGACUUUAGUGUCAGAGGAGUUGUUGCCAAAUCUUUGGGAUAAAUGCAAGGUUGAUUUUAUUGACAAAUACGAAAGCCUGGAAGCGUUGCUACAAAAGUGCUACCCAUCUGAGACAUUGAGCCCCUCGUCAACAGAAAUGAAAGAGCUUUUCAAAACAGUUUGAUCAUCCGCAUUGUAAAAGAGUUUUAAAAGGUUAAGAUGGAUUGAAGAAAUGAGUGCAGUAAUCUUGCAUAAAUAUUUUAAAUUUGCAUAAAUAUAUUAAGAAAACAUAUAAAGUAACUUAGAAAUAUUAUUUGAUUA